AUGUCUUUGGUAAUGAAAAACAAUUAUUGGAUUCUGAGACAUGGCAAAAGCAUUCCCAACGAGCGCGGCAUCGUUGUUUCAUCCAUCGAAAAUGGCACGCGUUCUGAAUUUCAAUUAGCCCCUGACGGAGUUAAUCAAGCACAACUCGCUGGGAAUUUAUUUCAAAAGGAACUAGAGGCUAAUAAUAUAGCUAUUGCUAAUGUGCGCAUUUGUUAUUCUCCUUUUUCAAGAACAAGCCAUACCGCAAAUGUUGUUGCAACUGAAUUGAACAUUCCUUUUGAUGGCUCUCAGUGUAAGGUGUUCGAUGAUCUUCGAGAGCGGUAUUUUGGUCCUUCCAUUGAGCUUCUGUCUCAUGAUAAAUACGCAGAGAUUUGGGAAUUAGAUGCGAAAGAUCCUUUUGUUGGGCCAGAAGGAGGAGAAAGUGUUAAGGAUGUUGCUGGUAGACUUGCAAGAACAAUGGCCGUAAUUGAAUCAGAAUUUCAAGGAUGUGCAAUUUUGGUUGUCAGCCAUGGGGAUCCUCUGCAAAUCUUGCAAACAGUUCUGCAUGGAGCUAAUAAACAUAAGGAACUGACUUCUGACGACUUAGCUUCAAUAUUAGCGGCAGUUCAGGUGGCACCAAUCUUGUCCCAGCACCGCCAAUACGCACUGAAUACCGGAGAGCUCAGGAGAGUCAUUUGA